GUGGUUCGCUGAUAAGAAAUUAUUGGUAGCUAAGUCACUCACUUCGUUUCGCACUGGCAAGACUAUCAUUGAACAGAAUUCGCAUGCCACCGUCAUGACUUCAUUAAUGCGUGGCAGGCCCCUAUUUUCUUGAAUAAAAAAUACUUCAAAGCUCCGUCUCCUAUGUCUGCUCCUCCACAAUGUCCACGAAGUCUGAAGUCUUUGAUGACACCACGUCCGUCUCCAACCCACCUCCCACGUACGAUGCAAUUUCUGCGUCCAUACCAGCAGAUUUUGCCCAGUGCAAACGAUCGGUAUUUUCCUUCCUGCAAUCCACUCAAAAGCGUCGUGCAAUAGUUCUCUCUCGCAUCCAAGGAAUUGUCUCCUCUCCAGAUCUCACCCCUUCAUCUGUCGGGCCAAUCCUCGACUCCUGCGCUGCUGCUCUGCCAGCAGCAGAGUUCUCCGACCUCCUGCAACAACGCAACAUCGAAGACCACACAGCGCUGUAUUGGGUGAUCGUAAAAAAGCGGCGAGAAGUCCUUUGGGCGUUCACUAAAUUCAUUUCCGAAUUCUCGCCUGCUUGCUCUUCCGACUUACGACUUGCGUGCUUGAUAAUUAACGACCACGAUCUGUUUAUGCGGCUGAAUUUGGGGGACAACGUUAAUCCCAAGGACAAGUCUUCGAGACGCAUAUUGGGUUGUCCGCAAGAUAAGAUUGAGGUGCUCCGGGAUGGACUGGCCGAAAACCGCUACACUGUUCGUUUGGUCUUUAAGAAGUUCCAGACACGCCUGCGUAUUAUGCAGGAAUUUUCAGCAGAAUUUAUCGUCCAGGGACGUAUAUGGCUGUUGCGAUUUUAUAUGAGAAUGGACGGGAAGUGGUACGUUGAGUAUGCUCUUUCUGAACCUAGCCCGCCGGUGGUGCAUCCAGACGUCGAAAUUAUCAUUACGUCCCACAGGCCGCCGCCUGGCUCGGGUAAUCCGGAACUACUUUUAAAAUUGGAAUGCCCAACACACACACUUGCACCUAAGGAAUCGUAUGAACGUUACAAGGUCACUGAACCUGCCAGGGUCAUAUUUGCAGUGUUCUUCCCGUUAAAUGAUUGGCUUAUGGACGAUGAUACUACAUAUGUAGACUGCGAUGGCACCCUAACUGUAGCAUUGAAGAUGAUAAUUGCAUAGUGCUUCGUUAUCUACAGACAAAACUAGGUAAUCAUAAACCAAGAUAAUGAAACGCACACCGGACACGUACAUAGAGCACAAGAACAUAACAGUGAAUUACAGCAGACAAUCCCCAU